CCUCGGCCCACCGAGUCCACUCGGCGGUCGGUACCUUCCUCUUCCUUUUCCCCUCCCCGCAUUCGCUGCGAUACGCCGGCGCCGGCGCCGCCGGCGUUCGUCCCCUACGCUCCCAGUUCUGCAUUCCCCUCUUCCCAGGCAUACGACUACUUGCGCCGGCCCCCUAUCCUUCAGAUGGCCGCUGCGGGCGACGCUGCCAAGGAGUACGUCGCCGGAGCCGCAGCCGGCGUCGCCCAGGUCGUAGUCGGCCACCCGUUCGACACCGUCAAGGUCAAGCUGCAAGCUCACAAUACCACAGCUCAUGGAAAGGUGUACAAGAACGCGUUCCACUGCACUAGUAGGAUACUGCUUGAGGAAGGAAUUAGAGGGUUGUACAAAGGUGCAUCGUCUUCAUUUAUUGGUAUAGCAGUUGAAAGCUCCCUAUUCUUUGGCACAUAUUCCCAAGCCAAACAAUUAUUACAGGGAAACUAUGAGGAUGGUAGGCCACAUCUACAGGUAAUCAUUCCUUCUGCUGCAUGUAGUGGAGCGCUGAUUAGCUGUAUCCUCACUCCAACUGAGCUGACUAAGUGCAGAAUGCAAGUUCAAGGGAAGGAUGUAAUGCAUGGUACUAGGUACUCCAGCCCUCUUGAUUGUGCUGUGAAAACAUUGGAAAGUGAAGGGCUUAGGGGCAUAUUCCGUGGUGGUUUAGCCACAUUGUUCAGAGAGGCGAUUGGUAAUGCUGUCUUCUUCUGCACUUACGAGUACAGCAGAUACUGGAUGCACAACUAUUUGGAUUCACCUCGGUUUUCUAGUAGCAGUCAUUUUGUUAUGGCAAAAGACAUUGGGAUAGGGGUCAUGAGUGGUGGCAUUAGUGGAAUGGCAUUCUGGACAGCUACCCUACCACUGGAUGUUGCAAAAACUGUCAUACAGACCGAUCCGGACCCUCAUUUGAGCCGAAACCCCUUUCGAGUUUUAAGCAUGGUUUAUAAGAGAGCUGGGAUGAGUGGCUGCUAUGCUGGCCUUGGACCGACACUAGCAAGAGCUUUCCCUGCCAAUGCAGCGGCAAUUGUUGCCUGGGAGUACAGUGCUAAGAUUCUUGGUAUUAAGCGAGGCUAGUAUUAAGGUACUUUGCACUUGUCCCGGAAUUGGACUGGGAAAUACACUGAAUGGAACAUUUCUUUUGGUUCAUGGCACGGAUGUUUUUUUUCCUCCACAGCGAUGAAAAGGAGGAAGGCUAUACUAAGAACUCUGUAAACUUGGUGGCAUCUUUGUGGAAUCUUCGUGCUCCACUUCUAUCUUCUACUUUGCAUCAAACAAGCGUGGAAAUGGUGGUGCAUGUAAAUGAAGCAGGUUAAGGCUACCUCCGAGCUGUACCAUGAUCAACCUACUUGAGUUGGUAUGGACUCGAUUAGAAAGGAUGGCGUCAUGGCGAUCAUGCCUGUCCCUCUCCUGAUGAACUAAAAAAUAGGUGCCUACGGAGGUUACUGCUGCUAUUUUCCUGUUGUGCGUAAGCUAUGCCUACUGUUGUUCGGGUAAAUAUUGGGUGCAACCCAGUGCAAACGUAGAAACUCGGAUCGUAUCCGUCGGAUACAAAACAUGCGGUUCAGAUGCGAUCUUGAUUCCCUCAGGAAACUUCACAGGGUUCCACUUGGGACAUCUUGCAUGACACACCCUAUUCAAAAGAACAUUUAUGCGAAGCUCCCUCCACCUGUCCAUUCAGUGACAGGUCAGGCGACGGCUACAUCUCAUCUCCGUUCCUCCAGUCAAUCCCGUCACCUUCCCCUGAGUCUUCAGCGGCAUUCACGCACGGGUCCUGAUUAGGGAUCUGCUCUUAUUGAAGAUUACAUUCUAUUUCAGUUUGGGGGUCACUUACAGGGCCUACCAUGGUUUAGGUGUUGGCGGCGGCGGUGGUGGAUGAGGAGACUCUUCCAACUGCUGAUUUGUUCCCAAGCGACAUUAUCCUAGGCGCGUGCAUGACAAACAUGUGUCUGAAUGUUUUGACCCUGCGCAAAUGAUGGAAUUCAAUCUUAAAAAGAGCAACGCUGCAGCACAUGAUUUGCUUGACGCGUCGUCUGUUGCGGAAUCAGUAGCCAAAUCGGAACCCACUUUGGGUGUGGGAUAUAGAACACCAGAAAAAUCACACACUGUACCACUCCGUGGACCAUCUUUCACACCGGAAUAUGAUAAUAUCACUUUGGUUGUAGCGUGUACAACACCACAAAAAUCAUGGAGUGUGCCAUUCUGUGGAUCAUCUUACACACCGGAAUGUGACGAGUCCUUAAAGCCAGCAGUUGGCAUGACAUUUGACAACAUUGAAUCAGCGAAAGAAUUCUAUAGAGCCUAUGCUGCACAUGUUGGGUUUCCAGUACGAGUGGGCCAGCACAAGGCAAAGGAUGGUGUGGUGACGCAUAAACGUUUAUACUGCUCGAGAGAAGGGUUCCGUAAGCCUAGAGAUGAGACACAAUCUGAACCUGAGUGCAGCGAGAAGAGGAAAUGUGAAAGGAAAAUCACUCGAUGUGGAUGUUUAGCAAUGGUUGCUCUCAAACGGACAAAGGAGAGUAAGUACAUCAUAACCACUUUUGUGGAAGAGCAUACGCAUGCACUUGUCUCACCUAAUAAGCAGCAUCUCAUCAGAUCAAAUAGACAGAGUUGGUGAGAAGGUGAAGAAUACAUUGUUCAGUUUUCAUAAGGCUAGCAUUGGCACUUCGGAUGCAUACUGUUUCCUUCGUGUCGGCCUUGGCGGGUUUGAGAAUGUUGGGUGCACAUUAAGGGACCUACAGAAUUACCACGGGAAGUUAAGAUGCCCGAUAAAGUCUUCAGAUGCUCAAAUGUUUGUUGACCAAUUGAGCAAAAAGGCGCUCGCAAAUCCAGCAUUUUAUUUUGAUUAUAUCAUCGACGAGAAAGGCAGGUUAGUCCAUGCAUUUUGGUCGGAUGCCACUUGUAGGAAAAAUUAUUCUCAUUUUGGGAUGUAGUAUCUUUUGACUCUACAUACAGCACAAAUGAGUAUAACAUGAUAUUCACACCCUUCACUGGAGUGAAUCAUCACAAGGCAACUGUGUUGUUUGGGGCUGCACUAUUAUCUAAUGAGAAGAUAGAAUCCUACACGUGGUUGUUUAAGACAUUCUUGAAUGCAAUGGGUGGUGUUGAGCCAA